AUGAUAUUUUCCACCUUAGAACAUAUAUUAACUCAUAUAUCCUUUUCGAUCAUUUCAAUAGUAAUUACUAUUUUUUUGAUAAGCUUAUCGGUCGAUGAAAUCGUAGGACUAUAUGAUUCGUCAGAAAAAGGCAUGAUAGCUACUUUUUUCUGUAUAACAGGCUUAUUAGUCACUCGUUGGAUUUAUUCGGGACAUUUCCCGUUAAGUGAUUUAUAUGAAUCAUUAAUUUUUCUUUCAUGGAGUUUCUCCGUUAUUCAUAUGGUUCCGUAUUUUAAAAAACAUAAAAAUUAUUUAAGCACAAUAACCGCGCCAAGUACUAUUUUUACCCAAGGCUUUGCUACUUCGAGUCUUUUAACUGAAAUGCAUCAAUCCGAAAUAGUAGUACCUGCUCUCCAAUCCCAAUGGUUAAUGAUGCAUGUAAGUAUGAUGAUAUUGGGCUACGCAGCUCUUUUAUGUGGAUCAUUAUUAUCAGUAGCUCUCUUAGUCAUUACAUUGCGAAAAGCCAUAAGGGUUUUUAGUAAAAAAAACAAUUUUUUAAAUGAGUCAUUUUCCUUUGUCGAGAUCCAAUACAUGAAUGAAAGAAGCAAUGUUUUACUAACCACUUCUUUUUGUUCUUCUCGAAAUUAUUACAGGGCUCAACUGAUUCAACAACUAGAUCAGUGGAGUUAUCGUAUUAUUAGUCUAGGGUUUCUCUUUUUAACCAUAGGUAUUCUUUCGGGAGCAGUAUGGGCUAAUGAGGCAUGGGGGUCAUAUUGGAAUUGGGACCCAAAGGAAACUUGGGCAUUUAUUACUUGGACCCUAUUUGCGAUUUAUUUACAUACUCGAACAAAUAAAAAUUGGGAAAGUUUAAAUUGCGCAAUUGUGGCUUCUAUAGGCUUUCUUAUAAUUUGGAUAUGCUAUUUUGGGGUUAAUUUAUUAGGAAUAGGAUUACAUAGUUAUGGUUCAUUUAAUUUACAUUAA